GGAAUCACAGCAUUUCAUAAUGCAUCUUUGAACGGGCACAUGGACGUGGUCAAGCUGCUUCUCGAGAAGGGUGCUGACCAUACCGUUGCGAACAAAGCCGGAUGCAUUCCACUUUUGUCGGCUGCGAAAACGGGACACAAAAGCCGUGGUGGAACUUCUUCUCAACAGAGAACCUACACUACUCAAUACGAACGAUAUCAGGGGUCUUACUACAUUAUCAUGGGCUGCUAA